GCACCCAGCCUUGGCCCCAAUCCCACGACCUCGGCACCGCUACCCCCUACCACCCGAACUUCCUCCUCGCUCUCCCGUUCCGUUUGUGCCUGUUUGCGGUUCAGUAUAUGCAGACAGUUUGAACCACGGAUCGUAUCUCAUCAUCUGAUACUCCUGAGUUGUUCACCGUUGCUACUAUAAAAUCCAAGUGCACCCGAUUCCCAGCCCACCCAUAGAAUCCCGGCCAUGUUCGAGAACUUGAAAGCCUUCAUCAGGCACGGUAAACAAGCCAACGACUUGAAGAAAAAGCCUGUCAACUCCAACUUCGACACCGUCAAUGAAUUUGGGUAUCCGGUGUCAGGAGACACCAUCACGUCCAACGGCUACCCUUCGGACUUGAGCAACUUGCCCUCCAACGUCAGCAACUUGCCCUCCCAGUUGGGGGGCCUGGACGUCACCCUUAUUUCGAAGGAAGAGGUGGAAAAGCUGCAGCUCGACGACGAAGCCAGAGCCAGGGCAGAGGCCCAAGCUCAGGUAGAGGCCCAGUCCCGUGCUCAGGCAACCUACGAAAACCAAAGAUACCAAGAAGCUGCCCAUCACAUUGUCGAACAAGAACGUCUACAAAAGCUGAAGUCUGUAAAAUACCCAGGGUUGGAAAACUACGAGGUGUUGGAACAAAUGGGUGAAGGUGCAUUCUCUAUAGUUUACAAGGCAAGACACUUACCCUCUAACCAACACGUUGCAAUCAAGAUCUUGAGAAAGUUUCAAAUGGACCAAGCCCAGAAACAGGCAGUGUUGAAGGAAGUGACGAUCAUGAGACAGUUGAACCAUCCUAACAUUGUCAAAUUCGUUGAAUUCAUAGAUUCUGAACCUUACUACUAUAUCGUGCAAGAACUUGCCGUUGGUGGUGAAAUCUUCACUGCUAUUGUCAAGUACACUUACUUCUCCGAAGACCUUACCCGCCACGUCAUAACCCAAGUUGCUCAUGCCAUAAGGUACUUACACGAGGAAGUUGGAAUUGUGCAUAGAGAUAUCAAACCCGAGAACUUGCUCUACCUCCCUAUUGAGUCCAAGCCAUCGAUCAACCCAGUGGCCAAAUUACGGAAGUCUGACGAUCCCAGCUCCAAACAGGACGAAGGUGAAUUCGUGCCCGGUGUUGGAGGUGGAGGUAUUGGAAUAGUGAAAAUAGCCGAUUUCGGAUUAUCGAAGCAGAUUUGGGAACACAACACCAAGACUCCAUGUGGUACUGUUGGUUAUACUGCCCCCGAAAUCGUUAGAGAUGAGCGUUAUUCCAAAGAAGUUGACAUGUGGGCUAUUGGAUGUGUGUUAUACACGUUGUUAUGUGGAUUUCCGCCAUUUUAUGAUGAACGCAUUGAGACUUUGACAGAGAAAGUGGCCAAGGGUGAAUACACUUUUUUGACCCCCUGGUGGGACGAAAUAUCUGCUGAUGCCAAGCAUUGUGUUUCCAAGUUGUUAACGGUCGACCCUGCUCAAAGAUACACCAUUGAUGACUUUUUGAACGACCCUUGGAUGAACAAGACUGCCGUUGCUCAACCAGCUCCUGCCAUGGCCCCACCAGUCAGAAGAUCAGCACCAGCUAACUACGAGCAUCCAAUUCAAAGUGCAAACAACAAUGCAAAAUACUCCAAGAAGUUUACCAACGCGUACAACAAUGGAAUGUACUCUCCAGCUGCCCUGGCCUUGAGAGAUGUGUUUGAUAUUUCCACCGCAGUGCAUAGAAUGGGAGAAGAAGCUGCAUUAUCAUCAAAGAUGAAUACCAAGACAAUCCAAGACUUGGUUGAAGAAGAAGAAGAGAACUCAGAGGAGGUUGAUGCGAAGGGACAUGUCUUGAAUUCCGCACAGAAACCUAUCGAUCGUGCUUCUAGAAAAGCACCUAGAUACCAGAAUGCAGCCCAGAAGCCACAAACAAACAUGUUUGAUUUGAAUCUCAAGGGUGCUUCUAUUUUAGAGAGAAGAAAGAACAAACAGAUUCCGGUCAAUAUCUAAUAGCACGUAUUUUGUGACCGCAGGACUGGCUUCGCAAGCUAGCGUGCAUUCUACCAUCGACGUUGUUGCCAAGCUAAUAUGCUUAUUUUAUUUUAAUUUUCUUCGGUUCUAUGUACUUAUUUGUAUUUAAUCAUGAAUCAUUCGCUUGAGCAAUAAACAUGUAACUCGUGGAAUCGAUGUAAGUUAUGAAAGUGAUAUCUGGUUGUACAAUCUUCGCCUGGACUAUUCUACUCUAGUGCCACUAUAGACAGUAUUGGAUUACCGCAAGAAUUUCUUCAAAA